AACUUUUACUUCCUUGUACACACAGAUAGAGGAACUGACCGUUUUGCGGCUGGCCUUUUUGUCAACACUCUACAUCCUCUCCAGCUUCAUUUCAUAACUUUCAAAUCAUGAUUUGAUAGAAAACAAGCGGUAACUUUGUCGAGUUCAACGCAGUCGAUUUCACGUGUAAAAAGUUGCAGAGAUGGCUUCUUGGGGGCAGCAGGGCGAGAUGACGGAGUACAGGAAGAUUGUAAUCAAACGGGACAUGGAGAUGGGCGUGGUCAUGACGGUGUUUCGGCAGAAGGCUGAGCGACUCACUGUGCAGGUCAUCAUGGAGACCCGGCAAGUGGCAUGGACACGCACCGCAGACAAGACUGAUGGUGUCUUGGACCUGUUUGAGAUCAGAGAGGUUCGUCCAGGGAGGAACUCCAAGGAUUUUGAACGCUUUAAAGAUGGCAAGGACAAACACGAUGAAAAUACCUGCUUCACAAUUUUCUAUGGCUCAAAUUUUGUUCUCAACACCCUCAGUCUGGGAGCUGAUUGUGUAGAAGAGGCACAAAAAUGGCUGAUCGGACUAGAAUUGCUGAGGCAAGAGACACUGGCAGCGCCGACUCCGGUUCUUAUAGAGAGUUGGCUGAGGAAGCAGAUGUAUUCUGUCAACCAGACGAAAAAAAACAGCAUCUCCAUGAAGGAGCUGAAGGCUCUCCUUCCUUUGCUCAACUACAAGGCCCCCAGCUCUCGUGUUCUCAAAGACAGAUUCCAGGAAGUGGGAUCUAAGAAAGACCGCCUGGAUUUUGAGCAGUUUCAUAAAUUGUACAAUCAUAUAAUGUUUGAACAGAAUGAAAUCCUUGAUGAGUUCAAAAAAGAAUCGUGUGCUUUUAUUCUGGGUAACACAGAUAAACCUGACGCCUCAGCAGUUCUGCUCCAUGACUUCCAGCGUUUCCUCGUCUACCAGCAAAAGGAACCCUGGGCCAAUGAUCUGAACCAGGUCAGAGAACUGAUGACCACUUUCAUUGACGACACCAUGAGAAAAACCAACGAUCCCGAGUUCACCGUCAGCGAGUUCCUCAGUUUCCUGUUUUCCAAAGAGAACUCCAUAUGGGACGAGAAGUACUCAGAGAUCAGCAACCUGGACAUGAACAACCCUCUGUCCCAUUACUGGAUCAGCUCCUCACACAACACCUACCUGACUGGUGAUCAGCUUCGUAGUGAGUCGUCCACAGAGGCUUAUGUUCGCUGUUUGCGUCUGGGAUGCCGCUGCGUUGAAUUGGACUGCUGGGAAGGUCCCGGGGAACCAAUCAUCUACCACGGCUGGACCAGGACAACCAAGAUCAAGUUUGAGGAUGUGGUCAAAGCUAUUAAUGAACACGCAUUUGUUGCAUCAGAUUUCCCAGUGAUCCUCUCCAUAGAGGAGCAUUGCCCUUUAGAUCAGCAGCGUCAGAUGGCUCGUAUCUUCAAAGAAGUGUUCGGAGACAAACUGUUGACUGAACCCGUGGAGCAGAUGGCUGAGCAGCUGCCUUCACCCACACAGCUGAAAGGCAAGAUCAUACUCAAGCACAAGAAGCUCAGUGUGGAAGGAGGAGGGAUCAGUAAAGACUUCAGGAAGGGCCAGAAACAAGGAGACCUGGAGAUCUGGGACCCAGUGGACCAGCGAUGGAACAAGCACUACUGUGUGAUCUCUGAUGACAAGCUGUACUAUGCAGAGGAGUACGAGCAGGAGGAAGAAGAUAUCAGGAAGUACCAGGACCUGCACACUUCAGAGCCGUGGUUUCACGGUUGCAUGAAGGAGGGCAGGCUGAUGGCCGAGCGACUGAUCCAUGAUUACUGUGCAGAGACCGGGGGAAGAGAUGGCACCUUCCUGGUCCGAGUCAGUGGUACUUAUGUCACAGACUUCACCCUCUCCUUCUGGCGCAGUGGGAGGGUCCAGCACUGUCGCAUUCGCUCAGGUUCAGAGGGGGCAUACACUUUCUACUUCCUGACGCCAAACCUGCACUUUCCCAGCGUGUACUCCCUGAUUCAGCACUACAGAGAAAACCCGCUUCGCUGCCAAGACUUUGAACUGCGCCUCACGGACGCUGUGCCUGAACCCAACCCACAUCUACAUGAAGGGUGGUUCUACAGUAAUCUGAGCAGAGGUCAGGCUGAGGAUUACCUGCUGAGGAUUCCCAGAGAUGGAGCUUUCCUCAUCCGACAGAGAGAAGGAGAACUCGACUCCUUCGCCAUCACAUUCAGAGGUGAUGGUAAGGUUAAACACUGCAGAAUCCAGAAGGAGGGCAACAAGUACCUGCUGGGAACAACUACAGAGUUUGAGAGCCUAGUGGAGCUGGUCAACUACUUCAAGAAGAAGCCGCUAUAUCGGAAGAUCAAGCUACGUUACCCAGUCACCCUUGAGAUGGUGGAUCGCUUCAGCACGGAGAAAGGAUGUGCCUCUCUGUACGAGAUGAAGACAUACGUGGAACCCAACGAGAUUGAACCAACACUGCCUCAAAAUACAGUCAGGGCUGUGUAUGGCUACCAAGCUAAAAGGCCAGAUGAGCUCAGCUUCUGUAAAGGAGCUUUGAUACACAAUGUAUCAAAGGAGAAUGAUGGAUGGUGGAAAGGUGACCAUGGUGGAAAGGUGCAGCUGUUCUUCCCAUCUAAUUAUGUGGAGGAAGUGUCCAACAAUACCAAACCUGAGACCAAAGAACAGGACAUGGAAGACAAUCCAUUAGGUGAACUAUGCAAAGGUGUUGUGGACAUCUCCAAGUGCUCUGUCCAGAACUUGAAGAAUGGUAAAUAUAUGAAGCCCCACGUGUUGACUCUGCAGGACAUGGAGCAGGACAGUCUACAGUUUGACCUAUCAGCAGGCUCUCUGGAGGAGUUGUUUGAAUGGUACCAGUUGGCCUGGGACAUUACUCAGAGAGAGAUGAGCAAGCAGUACAACAGAGUACAAGAGAUCAGACAGCAGGAGGAAGUGGAGAAGAAAGCAGAGGUUGCCAUGGAGAUGUCGGACCUGGUGGUCUACUGUCAGCCGCGCAGCAAGGAAAAAGAUCGAUUUGACAGCUACAGUUACAAAGAGAUACGCUCCUUCGUGGAGAACAAGAUGCCGGGAAAGAGUCGCACCAGAGACUUCCUGCAGUACAACCGCAAAGCUCUGAGUCGAAUCUACCCAAAAGGUCAGCGUGUGGAGUCCUCCAACUAUGACCCUUACCCACUGUGGGCUGUUGGCUGUCACAUGGUGGCUCUCAACUUCCAGACUGCAGAUAAGUACACCCAGUUGAACAGCGCCCUCUUCAGUCUGAAUGGACGUACAGGUUAUGUGCUGCAGCCGGAGUUCAUGCGUUACGAUAGCUACGACCCUCAGCAGGAGAAGAAGGUCAAGUACAACAUUGUGGUUAGGGUAAUUGCUGCCAGACACCUUCCUAAGCCCGGCCGCAGCAUCGCCAGCCCAUUCGUGGAGGUCGAGCUGUGCGGAUACUCAGAAGAGAAGUUCAAGACCAUCGUGUAUCGUGAUAAUGGUCUGAACCCGGUGUGGAAAGCCCCAGCAGAGCCUAUAGUCUUCACCGUGUGCGAGCCUGAACUCACCUUCCUGCGCUUUGUGGUCAACGAGGAAGACAUGUUCUCAGACCCCAACUUCCUGGCUCAGGCCACAUUUCCUGUCAAAGGCAUUCGCUCAGGUUACCGGUCUGUUCCUCUAAAAAAUGGCUACAGUGAAAACUUAGAGUUAGCCUCUCUGCUGGUCUACAUUAAUGUACAGCAAGCAGCGAAAGCAGAAGAGGAACUGUACUCAUCCUCGAGCCAGCUGAAGAAAAAGCAGUCCGAGCUAAGCAGCGAACCUUUCCUAUACGAGACACACACCAACAUUCAGCGCUCCGCCGUCCCGCAGAACCUCCUCAUGAGAGAGGCCAGCACCAGCGAGAAACAGAAUACAAGAGAAAAGAAGAUAAACAACAGUAAGUUCUACUCCUGAGGAACCUCGCCUGGUCACGUCCUUCCUGUGGAGAAAUGGCGUCUACAAAUCUAAUGUCAGCUGAACUGCUAACUGACGGAUUUGUGAUCUGUGCAGUUAAGAGUUUUCCAAUUGUGACAUGUUAGAAUUUUUCUUUUUAUUCCCCUAAAAAUCCACUGUUCCCCACGAUGGUUUUAUAUUUAUUUAAGAUGACAAAGUUGUGGUCUAAUAUUCGAAUAUGUUAAUGCGAUCGUUUCACUAAAAGCCUUAUGGGAAAUGUAGGAAACCAUUAACUGAAGUAGAACUGGGCGAGGCAGGUUGAGGAAAGGUAAGAGGUCCCUGUGUAGCGCUUAACGGUUAUGCAUUCAGUCUGUAAUCAAACUAUUUAUGAGAAGAGUGUCCACUAACUGAAGUAACUGUUUCACUGCAGCACAGUAGAUGUUCAUCUGCCAAGGAGCGUCUGUUAAAUUCAUCUUUUUUGUGUCUCAUUUCAAAUACUGAAGAGUGUAAAAUAACUGAGCUGAUACGGAGUCUGGCAUACAGAGAGAGUAUGAUGACAUGAAAGUUGUUUUGGUUGUGUAUUUUCACCAGUAUGACAUUAUCAUGUUUUUUGUGUGUUUAAAGUCAGAUUCACAAAGCCAAGUAACUUCAGAACAUUUCAUGUAUUUAAUUUGAAGGCGAUGAUGUUUAUAGCUUUCCAGUAACUCCUCUGUGACCUUCGUAUGAGCUGAGUCAAUAAAGUAUGCUUGGUGAACUACAA